UCUCUCGUGAUAACCCGCGAUGAACUGCAGACUUAUCAGCACUACUUUACGGCCGGAUCGAGCAACGAAUGCUGACAGUUUACAGCGACCCAAAGAUGCAGCAGCAUGUCAGAAACAGGCUGUUCAAAAUCUCUCUUGCUGCUGAUUCUGUUACUUGCGUACCUCGGCCAGGUGCCUGGUGAGGGAGGUGCGUUUCAGCGCGUUUUCCAGACGGAGGAGACGGUGCGUCAAAACAAGGCGCAUGAGAUGCGUCGUCAGAUGAACCUUCGCGCCAGUCCCUGCAGCGAUUUCUACGAGUAUGCCUGCGGCAAUUGGGAAACGGAGUCCACGCCGCUGGCCAAGCUGGAACACCGCAUAGAUGUGGAUUUGAUGCGACUGCUGGAGGAGAGUGCACAUCGCAAGGACAGUGCUCUGGCACGUCAAGCCAAAGAAUUCUACCAAUCCUGCCUUGUGGCCCGGGCCCAUCAGAGUCAGCAGCAGCAGGACUUUCUCAGCGAUUUCAUUCAGCAAAACGGUGGCUUCCCAGCCGUUCCAGGCUCGAAGUGGGCUGCAUAUAACCUGGAAUACAACUGGGCCCAGGUAACGGGCCGACUGCGACGACACUAUGGCAUGGAUAUCCUCAUAGGGCUGCGCGUCAGCUACAACUAUGUCAGCGUGCAGGAGAAUAGUAUCUACUUAAGUGAGCCGACCACCUUAAUACCCAGGGAACUGUGCACCAAACGCCACCUCAAUGAACGCGAUUCGGCAUAUAAGGCGAUCGAACGGCUAGUGGCCAACCAACUUAAGACCUGGCUAGCAAUGGGCAAUGAGGAAUCCGCUCGACUCGCAGGCGAGAUUGUCAGCUUGGAACAUGAGCUGUGCGGUGGAAUGCAUGGCCUGGAACCUUGGAAUGCCGAACAGCAGCUCUACACGGCCAAUUUUACCCGAAAGACACUAUCUGAGCUUGCCCAGCUCUACGAUCUAGAUUUCAAGACAUAUGUGAGCAGCAUCUACGAUCAGACUAUCUUCAGGCCCGUCUACAUGGCAGCUCCUGACUAUUAUCGCCAACUGAAGCGCACACUGAGUAUCCGCAAUGGUACCCAGAUAGCCAACUAUGUCAUGUAUCGGGCAGUCGCUGCCCUCAUAUUUCCGCUAGAGGAUAAGCCGGAGCACAGGCCAGCCUACUGUUUGGCCACGGUUAAGCGCCUUUUGCCAGCUGCUUUGGGCGAGCUGUAUGCUAGUCAGUAUGUCACUGAGGAAUUUAGACUUCAGCUGCUUCAGCUUUACGACCAGUUGAAGGAUGCACUAAAGCGGAGCGUGAGCGCCGACUGGCUGGAAGAGGGCAGCAGACGCGUUGCUCAACGUAAGCUAAGCGAUCUACAAUUAUUACUGCCAAGUUACGAGCAACCUCUGGCACUGCGGCUAACUCUGGACCGAGGCAACUAUUGGCACAAUCUACGUCAGCUUUUGGAUGAGGUGCAGGCACAGCAGCUAAAGCGCCAACUUGAGGAGAGCCCGCCAAUGCCAGCCGAUCCUGUGGAGGCCUAUGAAACUCGGGUGCACUACCGGCCUGUCCAGCGGCGGCUUGAAAUGGGCUGGGCGCUGCUGCAGCCGCCCGACUACGAUGAGCGCUACGGCCAUGCCCUGCGCUACGCUACAGUAGGAACCGUGCUGGCACGGCAGAUGGCCACGGCUUUCGACGAGCUGCAUUGGUCGAUUGGCCUGCUCGAGCACGACAACUGGGACCCACUGACGGCUUAUAGGUAUCAGAAUCGAAGUGAAUGUUUUGGACGCCACGUGGAGGAGUAUCUGCAGCACAAUUCAACCGCCACACAGCUGCUAAUAAAUGCCAGUGCCGGUCUGAACAUUGCCUUUAACGCCUACCUCACAUGGCUGGGCUUGCAGGCACCCAACAAUGACUUCGUGCGUCUUACUAAGGAGACCCUGCCCGGGCUGAACUACUCCAACACAGCACUCUUCUUCCUAGCCUUCGCCCAGCAACACUGCAAUCCGAAGGAGCAGCAUUAUGGCGAGCCCAAUUUAUGGCCUACGAUCACGUAUAGUUUCCGACAAUCGCACAGCUGGACUCGUCUAGCAGUAAAUGGGCCCUUAAGAAACUUGGCAGAUUUCGCACGUGAAUUCCAUUGCCCAGCCGGAUCACCAAUGAAUCCUUCAGAAAAGUGUACCAUUUACUAAUGCAGCAGCCAAAUUCAUUGUAAAAAAUAUUGUACUGUAUCCUAUGUUAAACAUCACACAACACCUAGAUAGACUAGUUAUUUCUUUCGUUUAAGUAUUUUUUACUGACUAUUUACAAUAAUAAUUCCCAGCCCACAGUUAAUUUAAGAUAACAAUUAUUUAUAGAUACCA